AAGCGUUAUGUGUUCUAGGGUUUCGAUCAAAACCCUAGGGUUUCCAUUCCUUGAGCAUGGCGGCGGUGCCGGCCAUGGACGCCGGCGAGAUCUCUGGCCCCGCCAUCGCCCGCCUUCUCGCCUCUUGCAAUACUUCGGCACGCGGCCGAGCGGUGCGCCUGUUCGUCUCGUGGAUCCCAACUGCCUGCCCGCCCCCAUCCGACGCCGAACUCCUCAAGAUCUGGAAGGGCCUCUUCUACGCCCUAUGGCAUGCGGACAAGCCCCCUGCCCAGCUCUCCCUUGCCUCUCGCCUUGCCUCCCUCAUCGACUCCCUCCCCGUCGACCUCUCCUCCCGCUACCUCUCUGCCCUCCUUGUCACGCUACGCCGUGAGUGGUCGGGCAUCGACUUCCUCCGCUUAGACAAGUUCUAUGCCCUCGUACGCCGCACUCUCCGCUCUGUCUUCGCUCUUCUCCGUUCCCGAUCCUGGGAUCUUGACCUCACCGUCAACCUGGUAAAUAUUCUCUCCGAAAAGUCUCUUCUUUCCUCUGAUAAGCACCAGGCGCAAGGGAUCAACUACCACUUUGCGGAGAUCUUCUUGGACGAGCUCAAAGAGUUCCUUCCUCUUCCUUUGCAAGCCCUAGAUGAGCUUUUCAAACCGUUCUUUUUGAUUCUGGAGAAAUCUCCGGAUAAGAUUUUGGUUAAUAAGGUCAAAAGUAAUGUUUUUAAUCCUUUGCUUGAGACUGGAGAGCAGUUCCUGGAGUUGGCGAAGAAGGGGGAGAGUGUGGAGAUGGGAUCGAAUGUGGAGAAGUUUGGAAAGAUUGCAUUUUUGUUGGGGUUUUCCAAAAAGAUCUUUGAGUUGGCUUCCAGGCCGGAGACUCUGCAGGGGAAUAGAAAGAUAUUGUUUGGGUUGCAUGAUGGAUUUGUGAAGUUAGAAAAGAAUGUGGAGGAGUCCAGAGUGAUGAUAUCGGCUGAGAGUUUUGAUAAUUGGAAUGAAGGGCAGGCGGUUCAACCACGUGAGACUGAGGUGGAAGUGGGAGGUGAGAACAGACCAUUGAAAAAGAGGAAGAAAUUGAAGGAAGUUUUGGUCUCUAAUGGUAAUGAGAUCACUGAGGUGGCCAUGGGAAAUGACAUUGAUGAUGUUGAGUCAUUGAAGAUGAAGAGGAAGAAGAAGAAGGAUAAAUCUGGGAAGGUCUCGGAUGGUGUUGUGAAGAAAAAGAAAAAGUUGAAGAAUAACAGGCUGUCUGAAUCAGCUAGGGAGAGUGUUGUUUAUGAACCAACAAGUGAGAAAGAUGAUGUUGCUGCUGGUAUGAAUGGUAAUGGGGAUGCAGGGGAGGCCUUUAAUUUUGAUGACACUGUGAUUUCUAAUCUCCAGAAGCAAUUUGAGAAGGUUGCUGCGGAAGUUGGAUUGGUAAAUGGCAAUACAAGCUCAGCUGAUGCGGUAGAAACUUUGGAAGUUAACACUGUUCCAAAGAAGAGAAAAAGGGGAAAGAAUGUUGAUAUGCAGGCUGCUGGUAGUUCGAUUGAUGCUAGUGGAGGAAACACAGUUGGAAAGAGUGGGGAGAAGAGUGCUAAGAAGGUUAGAUUCUCUAUGAAGAGCAAUUUGGUUUGGAAGCCACACAGCCCUUUGCCACCUCAGAGCUUGAGACUGCCACCCUCUGCUACUCCUAGAGGAAGUGCACUGAAGAAGGGUGUGCCUCCUGGACCCAUUAGAGAAUUCUCUUCUGCUGCCAAAAAAGUUAAGGUGAAGAAAGCUCGGAAGGGUGCAAAAAGUGUCUCUCCAGCAAUUAAGCGGCUUUGGAAGUUGCAAAACCUUUCUGUCUAAGUUAGUUCAAAACCAAGUUCAAAGCCGGGAUUUUUACUUGUCAAGAUUGUUAGAGAAAUUGAGCUGUGUUGGCCACCUAUAUUCGAAGAAUUAAGAGAACCUGUCCAUUCGUGUAACAAAAGCAAUUGACAGAUAUUUAUUCUGGUCGAUAAAUUACACCAACAAGUUCAUUCACAAGCAGAGGAACACCAAUUUCAAGAAGCAACACAUUAAAAUGUUCUUACUAUGUUUAUUAGUCAAUGUGGGUCUCUCAUACAAACAAUACGAGAAGAAAAUUUUGAUCUUAGGGACUUUGUUUUAAUAUUGAAAGUUAUGAAGCUGUGUAUUAGAGGCCCUGUUUGUGGGGAUGCAUGUUUAUUUCUUUAUUUAAUCCUAUUUGAGGACAAUUUUGAAAAUUUUUCUCCAUGCCAAAACUUGUUCUUGAUUAACAGAUUAUUGAUGUCAGGUACUUA